CACAUUUUUCAUUACAACGGUCAGUGGUAUAUAUACAUUCAUAUAUACUCCCUCAAGGUUCCCUCCUCCACCAUCUCCAAAUCCAUGGCGAAAUACUAGAAAGACGUCACCUUUCUGCGUUUUCUGAUUGCAUCCCAUUUUCAAUUUCCCAUUUUUUCCUCCCUUUCUAUAUAUCCAUGGAGCGCGCAAGGAGGAUUGCUUACAGAGGAAUCGUCAGACGUCUCGUUAACGACGCAAAACGACACCGUAACGUCGAAACCCCUCACGUUCCCUCCGCUGUUCCUCACGCUCCGGCGACGAGGUAUCUCUCUUCUCUUUCCCCUUUCCUCUCGACCCGUGGAUCCAUCAAUCCGUCGACAUUCGGCAAUCUAGCUAGGCAGCAGCAAACCCGUCCGAUCUCCGUCGAGGCUCUUAAACCCGGCGAUACUUUCCCGCGUCGCCACAACUCGGCAACACCAGAUGAGCAAACCCACAUGGCCAAAUACUGUGGCUUCGACCACAUCGAUUCCCUCAUCGACGCCACCGUUCCCAAAUCCAUCCGAUUGGAUUCGAUGAAGUUCUCCAAAUUCGACGGAGGGUUAACCGAGAGCCAGAUGAUUGAGCACAUGGUCGAUUUAGCUUCCAAGAACAAGGUUUUCAAGUCGUUUAUUGGGAUGGGAUACUACAACACACACGUCCCUACUGUGAUUCUCCGUAACAUCAUGGAGAAUCCGGCUUGGUACACUCAAUACACUCCUUACCAAGCUGAGAUCUCUCAGGGUCGUCUCGAAUCGCUGCUCAAUUUCCAGACUAUGAUUACCGACCUCACUGGCCUUCCCAUGUCUAACGCGUCGCUGCUAGACGAAGGGACUGCAGCUGCGGAGGCUAUGGCCAUGUGUAACAACAUUCAAAAGGGUAAAAAGAAGACCUUUUUGAUUGCUAGUAACUGUCACCCUCAGACGAUUGAUGUUUGUAAGACUAGAGCUGAUGGGUUUGAUCUCAAAGUCGUCACGGCUGAGCUCAAGGAGAUAGAUUAUAGUUCCGGUGAUGUCUGUGGGGUUCUUGUUCAGUAUCCUGGAACUGAAGGUGAAGUCUUGGAUUAUGCUGAGUUUGUCAAGAACGCUCAUGCUAAUGGUGUUAAGGUUGUGAUGGCGACGGAUUUGCUGGCCUUGACGAUGUUGAAACCUCCUGGGGAGUUUGGGGCUGAUAUUGUGGUUGGUUCCGCUCAGAGGUUUGGUGUUCCAAUGGGUUAUGGUGGUCCUCACGCUGCUUUCUUGGCUACUUCACAAGAGUAUAAGAGAAUGAUGCCAGGGAGGAUUAUUGGUAUCAGUGUUGAUUCUUCGGGAAAGCAAGCUCUGCGUAUGGCGAUGCAGACUAGGGAACAGCACAUUAGGAGGGACAAAGCCACUAGCAACAUCUGUACUGCUCAAGCACUGCUUGCCAACAUGGCGGCCAUGUAUGCUGUUUACCAUGGACCUGCUGGUCUAAAAGCUAUUGCUCAACGGGUUCAUGGUCUUGCUGGCAUAUUUUCCUUAGGGUUGAAGAAGCUUGGGGUUGCAGAAGUCCAAGAACUUCCCUACUUUGACACUGUAAAAGUCAAGUGUUCGGACGCACAUGCAAUUGCUGAUGCAGCUACCAAGAGUGAAAUUAAUCUGCGUGUUGUGGACUCAAACACUAUUACUGCUUCUUUUGACGAAACAACCACCUUGGAUGAUGUCGAUAAACUUUUCAAAGUUUUUGCUUCUGGCAAGCCUGUUCAAUUCACGGCUGAAUCUCUUGCCCCUGAGGUUCAGAAUUCCAUUCCUUCUAGUCUAACAAGAGAUAGCCCUUAUCUUACCCACCCAAUCUUCAACAUGUACCACACAGAGCAUGAGUUGCUCAGGUACAUCCACAAGUUACAGUCUAAGGAUCUCUCGCUUUGCCACAGCAUGAUUCCAUUGGGAUCUUGUACGAUGAAGUUAAAUGCAACAACUGAAAUGAUGCCAGUAACAUGGCCAAGUUUCACUGACAUUCACCCUUUUGCUCCUGUUGAACAAGCACAGGGUUAUCAGGAAAUGUUCGACAAUUUGGGUGAUCUCUUGUGUAAAAUCACUGGGUUUGACUCAUUCUCAUUGCAACCUAAUGCUGGUGCUGCUGGAGAGUAUGCCGGGCUCAUGGUUAUCCGUGCAUAUCACAUGUCAAGAGGAGAUCAUCACAGAAAUGUGUGUAUCAUACCUGUCUCUGCACAUGGGACAAACCCUGCGAGUGCUGCUAUGUGCGGGAUGAAAAUUAUCACGGUUGGAACUGAUGCUAAGGGAAAUAUCAACAUCGAGGAGUUAAAAAAAGCUGCUGAAGCCAACAAAGACAACUUAGCCGCCCUCAUGGUUACAUACCCUUCAACUCAUGGAGUCUAUGAAGAGGGUAUUGAUGAGAUUUGCAACAUAAUACACGACAACGGUGGUCAAGUGUACAUGGAUGGUGCCAACAUGAAUGCACAGGUUGGUCUGACGAGCCCCGGUUUUAUUGGAGCGGACGUGUGCCAUCUCAAUCUCCACAAGACCUUCUGUAUUCCUCAUGGAGGUGGUGGUCCUGGUAUGGGUCCUAUUGGUGUGAAGCAACAUUUGGCACCAUUUCUUCCUUCUCACCCUGUGAUACCUACUGGUGGUAUACCACAACCCGAGAAGACAACUCCUUUGGGUACGAUUGCCGCUGCACCAUGGGGAUCUGCACUUAUCUUGCCGAUAUCGUACACUUACAUUGCCAUGAUGGGAUCUGGUGGACUCACUGAUGCCUCAAAGAUUGCAAUUUUGAACGCCAAUUACAUGGCUAAGCGUCUAGAGAAGCACUACCCAGUUCUUUUCCGUGGUGUUAACGGAACAGUAGCACACGAAUUCAUCAUAGACUUGAGAGGCUUCAAGAACACUGCUGGAGUAGAACCAGAGGAUGUGGCGAAACGGCUAAUGGACUAUGGAUUCCAUGGACCCACAAUGUCUUGGCCUGUCCCUGGAACGCUUAUGAUCGAGCCAACGGAGAGUGAAAGCAAGGCGGAGUUGGACAGGUUCUGCGAUGCUCUCAUUUCGAUCAGGGAAGAAAUUGCACAGAUUGAAAAAGGAAAUGCAGAUGUCCAGGACAACGUUCUCAAGGGAGCUCCACAUCCUCCAUCGUUGCUAAUGGCAGACACAUGGAAAAAGCCGUACUCCCGGGAGUACGCUGCGUUCCCUGCACCGUGGCUCCGCUCCUCCAAGUUCUGGCCAACCACAGGACGUGUGGACAAUGUGUAUGGAGACAGGAAACUGGUGUGCACUCUCCUCCCAGAGGAAGAACAAGUCGCAGCUGCAGUAUCAGCUUGAUUUUACAUUUUAAUGUGUUAUGUUUAUGUGUCUUCUCUCUCUCUCUCUCUCUCUCUCUCUCUCUCUCUCUCUCUCUCUCUCUUUUUCUCCAUUCUCUUCUCUCUCUCACAUUCUGUCCAUAGUGUUCUUUCUUAUUAUACACUUUCUAUCUUUUACUUCCGUAGCUGAAACGUUUCCAUUAGAAUGUUUCCAAUCACACCAUCCUUCGUUUCCU